UAUCUUUGGGGGCAAACACAGAACCUCCUCCGUCCCGACUCUCUCCCUCCCUCGCUCGUCGCCAUCCCUUUGUCAGACUCCCGCCGGCGUGAUGGGCUCGCCGGCGCGUCCCGCCUUACCGGCCACCACCAUUUUUUUCGUUCUCGUGGCCAUUUUCCAGACGUCCUCGUGCCAGAAGGAAGACAACCUCGUUUUCGGACACUUCAACCAAACGACUGUGGCGAACUUCAUCUUCCAGAACAAAGCGUCGGUGCAGGAAGCCCUCCAGGUCACGCCGGACUCACUCAAUCAAGGCUUUGCGCUUCAGAAUCAGUCCGGCCGGGUUAUCUACAACAAGAGAUACCAGCUCUUCGAGCGGUCGGGAAAGCUCGCGUCCUUCAGCACAUCCUUUCUGUUCAAUAUAUACCGCCCCGACAACAAAAGCGUCGGCGAAGGUCUCGCGUUCAUCGUCGCGCCGGACAGCGGCAUCCCGGCUAACAGCUACGGCCAGUACCUCGGCCUGACGAACUCGACCAUCGACGGCAACUCUUCCAACUAUCUGCUGGCCGUGGAGUUCGACACCGUCAAGCAAGACUUCGAUCCCGAUGACAACCACGUGGGGAUCGACAUCAACAGCGUCCGUUCCAACGCUACCUUCUCGGUCUCGAAGAUCGGCAUCGACCUCGCCCCGACAACUGGCCCCAAGAAGUACCUUGCUUGGAUCGACUAUGAUGCCUCCGCCAGAUUGCUGAGCGUCUACUUAGCAAACGAGAACGAGACGAAGCCCAAUAGCAGCAUCCUCUCUUACCCCCUCAAUACCGCCGCCGUCUUGAGCCAAUAUUCGUAUUUCGGAUUCGCGGCAUCGACCGGGAAAGAAGCCGAAUUGAACUGCAUACUGAAAUGGAACCUGACGGUAGAUAUUCUGGAGGUUCCGGGGAUGCGGUGGACGGUGAUGGUGUUUGCGAUCAUAUUACCAUCGUCGGUCGCAGUGGCUGCGGCCAUUUGUGCAGCGGCGUGGUUCGUCCUCCGGCGGAGGAAGGCGGUGGACGACACCAACAUAACCGGGGCGCUCAAGAGCUUGCCGGGGAUGCCGAGGGAGUUCAGCUUCAACGAGCUGAAGAAGGCGACCAACAACUUCGACGAGCAGAUGAAGCUGGGCCAAGGUGGGUUCGGCGUGGUCUACAGGGGGGCGCUGCCGUUUGAGGGCACGGAAGUCGCGGUGAAGAUGUUCUCCAGGGAGGCGAUGCAGGGGAAGGAUGACUUCCUCGCCGAGCUCACCACCAUCAACCGUCUGCGCCACAAGAACCUCGUCCGCCUCGUCGGUUGGUGCCAUAGGAAAGGGACCCUGCUGAUCGUGUACGAGUUCAUGCCAAACGGGAGCCUGGACCAGCACCUGUUCGAGUCGACCGAGCAAACACUGAGCUGGGACCGACGGUACAAAAUAAUCGCCGGCGUCGCCUCCGCGCUUCACUACAUCCACAACGAGUACGACAACCGCGUGGUGCACCGAGACCUCAAGGCCAGCAACAUCAUGCUCGACUCGGAGUUCAACGCCCGCCUCGGCGACUUCGGCCUCGCCCGGGUGCUCGACGACGAGAAGACGUCGUACGCGGAGGCCGACGGCGUACAGGGCACGAUGGGCUACGUCGCCCCCGAGUGCUUCCACACCGGCAAAGCAACGAGGGAGUCGGACGUCUUCGGCUUCGGAGCCGUCGUGCUCGAGACCGUCUGCGGCCGCCGGCCGAGAUCGUCGUCCACCGGCCUCCUCGUGGACUAUGUCUGGACCCUGCACAGGGAAGGAAGAAUUCUUGAAGCGGUGGACGAGAAGCUGGGAGACAAUUACGACCCGCAAGAUGCGGCCCGCCUCCUGCUCUUGGGUCUGGCUUGCUCUCACCCCAACCCAAAUGAUAGACCCAAAGCUACGGCCAUCAUUCAGAUCAUAUCCCGGUCCAUCGACCCGCCGACGGUGCCGCCAUUCCGGCCGCCGUUCAUUUGGCACAUGGACUCGACCUAUGAUUGCUCCUCCGUGGACGUGACCGGCUCCAUCUACACCUCCGGCUCGACUGGUUGGACGCCCAUGACCCAGAGCAGCCAGAAUCAGCUUGCAGAUAGGGCCUCCAUGGUUUGAACCCUAAAGAGAGACGACAAACUCGCCGGCGUUGUGGGGAAGUUGGUCGGCCAUUAAAAAAAUCAUUUCAUAGUCGCCGUGCAUAAUUCUCCGGCAAUUUAGUUUGUAUCCGAAUUGACUUCCUCAGUCUGCCCCGAUGGCUUGACCAUAAUUAGCUUCUUUUAUAAUGUUCAAGAGGCUGCUAACGUAUGGGGAAUUAGCAAUUUAUUUGUUGGCCCUGUAACCUGUGAUUAGUCAAGCUCAUCAUUCUUUCUCCUUUUCUCAGCAAUGUUCCCUAGUCGUUUUUUGUAUAAAGAAAUGUAUUUGUUUGUUUUUUU